AUGGCGAAAUGCUGGCUGCUGCUCCAAUUCUUGGCGUUCCUCUUGCCGGCGACGAGUGCUACGUCGUGCCACACCGACGACCUCCGUGCGCUGCAGGGCUUCGCCGGGAAUCUCAGUGGUGGCGGCGUGCUCCUACGCGCUGUUUGGACCGGUGUCUCGUGCUGCGGCUGGGAAGGUGUGAGCUGCGACGGCACAAGUGGACGCGUCACGGGGCUUCGGCUACCCGGGUGCGGCCUUGCGGGGCCCAUCCCUAGAGCAUCCUUGGCGGGCCUCGCGCAGCUGGAGGAGCUCAACCUUGCCAACAACAAACUGAUCGGCACCAUCCCAUCGUGGAUUGGUGAGCUUGAUCACCUAUGCUACUUGGAUCUUUCUGACAAUUUAUUGGUUGGCGAGGUACCCAAGAGUUUGAUAGAGCUCAAGGGCUUCGCCACCACUGGUCGUUCAUUGGGUAUGGCUUUCACUAACAUGCCAUUGUAUGUGAAGCGUAGCAGACGAACACUCCAACAACAACAACCCAAUAUCAUAUCUGGGACCAACAACAAAGUCCGAUCUGGUAGAACCAAUGUUGUAUCCGGAAACGACAACACGGUUGUAUCUGGGAAUGACAAUACUGUUGCUGGGAGCAACAAUACCAUCACAACUGGGAGUGGCAAUACCGUAUCUGGUAGUAACCAUGUUGUUUCUGGGACCAAACAUAUCGUAACUGACAACAACAAUGUUGUUUCCGGGAUAGACAAUAAUGUAUCCGGGAGCUUCCACACCGUAUCCGGGACUCUCAAUACCGUAUCCGGGAGCAACAAUACCGUAUCUGGGAGCAACCAUGUCGUGUCUGGGAGCAACAAAGUUGUGAAAGGAGGUUAA